UUUUGCUCUAUAUCCUCUCCUCUCUGUCUUCAGAGGCCGAUGGCUUAAAAAAGGAGCAUCUUUUCACAUCAAUUCCAGUUAGGGCUUAUUACUUAUCCGAUAGUAUUGAUAUGGAAGGGUUAAUGGUUGAGAAUCAAGCCAAUUUGGUCCCCCAUACUCCAGGAACUGGCAGAUAUGCUGUUCUAAAAUUUGACGACCUUACUAAUUCUCGUGCUCCUCGAGAUUUGGGGGCUAAGUUAAUUGGAAUUUCUCACUCUUACAUGGUGGUUUUCCCAUAUGGAUCCGUCACGAUGUUUAAUGUGCAUGAUCACGAAAUUGAUAGGCACCUGGAAAUUAUCAAAAGACAUGCUUCAGGGUCGCUGUCUGAAAUGUUUAAGUGCAGUGGAGACUUGCCGGUGCCACGGAAUUACUUCGAUUACGAGGUGAGAGAAAAGCCGGAUUUACAAACGUGGAUGCAAGGUGGGCCAAACUAUAUAAUGCUGCAGCACUUGAACAUUGAUGGUAUCUGUACGAUUGGUAGUGUUCUUGGCCAAAGUGUUGCUCUUGAUUACUACUGUCGCCUGGUUGAUCAAUUGGUUAACGAAUAUUCAGGCGUAAAUUUUCGAUUGGAGGCAAGUGGUGAUUGUAAAAAAGGGAUAAAGCAGUCGAUACUGCUCGGCGAAAUGGAGGACAUUGCAAUUGCUAUUUAUAGGUUUGGGCUAUCUGAGAGAUUUUGCAGGUUGUUUUCUAUGGUCCAUCUUGUUGUGUACAGAAGAGCUAAAGCUUCUGCUUCUUCUGCUGUUGAUGUUCUGAAGAUGCCCUUUCCUGUUUCCUUUCCUGUACCUAGCCAAUCACGCAACACAAACCCAAAUCCUGCAUUAGUAUUUUUAGACACCCAAGAAGCAUCACAAUUCAGUUUAAUGAUGUCUCUACUAGGGAAGAUCCAGUGUACAUUCUUUGCAGUAUUUUUUCUGUGUUUAUGUAAGUUAAUGCUGCUACUGUGAGGGUGCCAGUAAGUGAAGUGACGAGAAAUGUCUACUGCAAGUUGUUCAGGUUUUCGUUCUUUUUUUUAACACUCUUACGCAUCUCUCUUUCCAAAUGAACCAACAUUUGGUUGCAGCCAAUGCCAUUGAAAUGGAAUUGGUAUCUCU